AAUUGUCGUCACGCAGUGUAUUCCGCCCGCAUCGGAGUCCACGCCGUCCUCCGACGGUUAAAAAAACGCGCCCGGAGUCUGGAAUCCGUCGCGAGGCGACUUAAAUACUUAAGUUGGUCGUGCCCUUGCCCUUGCCCUUGGACCCGAUCUCGGACUUGGCCUGAAGUCUAAGGAGAGGAUCAGGCUGGUCCUGAAACCCCUUUAUUAUUUUUUUUUAUUUUAAUCCGUAAUUAUUUAAUUGCCACGGCGUGACUCCAGUAUCAUAACCAGCCACGCGACUCACCACGCGCUAAAAUGUCCAACGAAGAAACUUCCGCUGAUAGGAAUGUCGAGAUCUGGAAGAUCAAGAAACUCAUCAAGAGUCUCGAGAUGGCCAGAGGGAAUGGUACGAGCAUGAUAUCGCUGAUAAUUCCGCCGAAGGAUCAAAUCUCGCGGGUCAGUAAAAUGUUGGCCGAUGAAUUUGGUACCGCGUCUAAUAUUAAGUCACGUGUAAAUAGGUUAUCAGUACUUGGUGCAAUAACAUCUGUACAACAUCGACUUAAAUUAUAUACCAAAGUACCUCCCAAUGGCCUGGUUAUAUAUUGCGGGACUAUCGUCACCGAAGAAGGAAAAGAAAAGAAGGUCAACAUUGACUUUGAACCUUUCAAACCUAUAAAUACUUCCUUAUAUUUAUGUGACAACAAGUUCCACACAGAAGCAUUGACGGCGUUGCUGGCAGACGAUAAUAAGUUUGGUUUCAUUGUAAUGGAUGGUAAUGGUGCUCUGUUUGGAACACUACAAGGAAACACGCGCGAAGUCCUUCAUAAAUUUACUGUCGACUUACCAAAAAAACACGGUAGAGGAGGUCAAUCUGCGUUACGUUUUGCCCGAUUGCGUAUGGAGAAACGGCACAAUUACGUGCGAAAAGUUGCUGAAGUUGCGACGCAAUUGUACAUUACUAAUGACAAACCCAACAUUGCUGGACUUAUCCUAGCUGGUAGCGCUGACUUCAAAACAGAGCUCAGUCAGUCUGAUAUGUUUGAUCCCAGAUUGCAAGCUAAAGUAAUAAAACUGGUGGACGUUUCUUACGGAGGUGAGAACGGUUUCAACCAAGCAAUUGAACUGGCAGCAGAGUCACUUCAGAACGUAAAGUUCAUCCAGGAGAAAAAGUUAAUCGGCCGUUACUUUGAUGAAAUAUCACAAGACACUGGUAAAUAUUGCUUCGGAGUCGAGGAUACGCUUCGCGCUCUAGAGCUCGGCAGUGUCGAGACUCUGAUCUGCUGGGAGAAUCUUGACAUCCAGCGGUACGUUUUGAAGAACCACACGAAUGGCGAGGAAAAGGUGCUACAUCUUACUCCAGAACAGGAAAAAGACAAAACUCACUUUACUGACAAAGAAAGUGGGGUAGAGUUAGAAUUAGUUGAGUGUCAACCGCUGCUUGAAUGGCUAGCGAAUAAUUACAAAAGUUUUGGUGCCACCUUAGAAAUAAUUACCGACAAAUCCCAAGAAGGCUCGCAGUUCGUCAGAGGUUUCGGUGGAAUCGGAGGUAUUUUGCGAUACAAAGUCGAUUUUCAAAGUAUGCAGCUUGAAGAAAUUGAGUUCGAUAAUUUUGAUUUGGAUGAUUACUAAGCAAAUAAAUAAAUCGAAAUACAAAAACUUUUAUCAUCUACAAAAUAAAUUUUGAUCGUUAUGGUACCAGGAAAAAAAAGGAACGGAAGUUACUGAAAUAAUUUUAAAAAAAUGUAAAGAAAAUUUUAGUACUACAAAUUAACAUAAAAUAAAAUAAUAAUUAAUAAAUAAAUGAAUAAAUAAAAAACAACGAUGAGCGUAAAGAGUUAAGUAUUUUUUGGUAAUCAAAAAACUUUUUGCGCUAAAAAUAUUGUCGUUGUUUAAAUUUAUUAUUAUUAUUUACCAAGUUGAGAGUUUACGUUACGAUUUCACAAUAUUUUCAAUUAAUAAAUUACAAAUAUUACACAAUUAAAAUAAGAAUAAUAAUAAAAUAAAAAAUCGCAAAACUUGUUGAAGUUAAAAUUUUUUUUGCCCGGUGUUAAUUAAAAUUAAAUUUAUUGGAAGCGAAUAAAUGAUAAUAAUAUUUAAUUAAUUAAAAGUAAUUACAGUAACUGUAACAAUUAACAUAUGAUUAUGGAUCAGCGAUGUUUUUUGCGAAGUUAUAUAAAGAAAUUGAGUUUAGUAUGCACGUGAAUGUUGGGAAAGUGAAAAUAAAAAUCUAAAAAACAAAAAUAGUUUGAGCCGACGGAUUAAAUUCAAAGUUUUAUUAAUAAAUAAUUAAUUAUUUACAUGAAUAAUUAAUUUUAAAAUACGAAUGACAACUCGAAGACUGUAAAACUUAUGCCAGCUUGAAAACCUGCCUACUACUUGAUAAAAAAAAAAACUAAAUAAAAUCUUGCGAAUUUAAUCAGAGAAUGGAAAUAAAAUAAACAGAUAAAAUAUUGUAAGCGUGAUAAUAAUGUAUGAGUGUAUUGAGAUGUUAAGUAUGUAAUUGAGGUGUGGACUGAAAAAUAUUAAAAGCCCGUAUCUUCUCAGGACGCGCUCUAGGACCUUUUGAUAAUUGAGUCCGAGUCCCGGGAUACUAGUUGGUGUACAGAAAAUAUUUUGUACAGUACGAUGCGCACUAUUUAAUUGUUCUGUUAACACUAUUAAUAUUAUAAUUAUUAUUAUUAUUUUAAGUAUAAAUCAUUUUUUUUUUUUUUUAUGUUCCGAUAACUCAAUUUCUAACUUCUGUUUGAUUUAACGUCUAUGUUCAAUGUUUAUUAAUAAUAAAAUUAAAUUUAAAUAUUA